GGAGGCAGCUCCGAGUGAUAAAUUGUGGGGUGUAGGCAUACAGUUGGCUGUAAGAGUGACAUAGCAGAAUUUAGUGGAAUUAAAGAGUAGCGAUUUAUUGGUCGGCGAGAUGAAUUGACCACUAACGGGACGUCUGUGAGGCGAAAGUUGAUGCAGGCAGCUCUCAAAAGGGGAGGGUGAAGGCAGCGUGCAGGGGCUCGGAGUGGGGAGGGGAAGACAGAAGAACUAGGCAUGUAGAAAGGAGGCGGCCCUGAAGGACUGAAGGAGAACUUCCUAAAGAGUCGCCAGGGCGCGGUGGAUGCGCCUUGGGCUGGUCGUCUUGAAGAGAGACAACUUUCGAAUUUUUUGGGAAGCCACGGCAGGUGCACGGCGCGGGAGGCAAUGAGCGCGUGACAGGAGUCGGGGGAGGGGAGAAACGUCACUGGACGCAGAGACUCACCUCUAUCUUCCAGCUCUUCACUGAACUGCACCUCCUCCCCCAAGCGCAGCGGCUCCCCUUGCUGAGGGCCCCGGGAAGGGUAGGCUGGCGGAGGAGAAGUGGACCCGGAAGGCUGCACGAUGGUAGGUUCGGGGGUGCUGCUCAGCUCAUCUCCGGACGUCUCCAUAGUUCGGCAAGGUGGCAGAAAGCGAAGCAGCAAAGGGGGAGGAGGAGGGCGAGACAGCAACAGAGAACGCUGUAUAUUACCAGCAGCUGGUAAACUGGACUGAUUUAUAUCAUGAUUUAAAUCAGCAAGAAAAAAAAAAACGAUACCCUUCUUACCCUUGUUGCAGGGUAUGGUCUGAAGGCACAUGAGGCUAUCACAUUACAGAAGCUAAGGAGGUCUGGGUCUGGUCAGUUCCUAGAUGGGAGAUCAUCUGGGAAUCAUGCGUAUGCUGCUUUGGUCUCUUUGAUAAAAGAAAGGCAGAAUAUAAAUGAUGAGGCCAAGGUUGAUCUAAUCCAGCACUCUGUCCCAACAGGAGCCAGCUAGAUGCCUCUCAGUGCUCCCAAGGGGGGCAUGAAAGUUUCCUUCUCCUGUUUCUUGUCUUCACUGCAGCACCUGUUAUUUAGAGCCUCCUGUAUGGACCUUCGCAUAUACUUACUUCAUUUGAGGAAAUCCUUCUCUGGGUGGUACAGCUUCCUGAGAUUAGGUUUUGAUGAACUCCAUGCCUGUGCUGAUCCUGGAUUCCCUGAAUAUGGAUAUAAGAUGCCUGGUGCAGGUGUAUUCUUUGAAAGUUCAGUAGUCCGGUUCCAUUGCCAGGAAGGAUACAGGCUUAAGGGUCCAUCCAAAAAGCUUUGUGAGAGACAUUUUAACGGCUCCCUAAGCUGGAAGCCAAGUGAUAAACCUGUGUGCCUACAAGAAGCCACAGAUUGCCUUGCACCAGUUGUUGAAGAUGCAGAGGUUCAUAACAAGACAUACAGGACUGGAGAUAAGUUAAUAAUCAGCUGUCAUGAAGGAUUCCAGAUUCGUUACCCUGAUUUAGACAACAUGGUUUCAGUAUGUCAAGACGAUGGAACAUGGGACAAUCUGCCCAUUUGCCAAGGUUGCCUGAGGCCAUUGGUUCUUCCUCAUAGUUACAUUAACAUAUCUGAGUUCGAGUCCUCCUUCCCAGUAGGAACAAUGAUAUAUUUUCAGUGCUUUCCUGGAUAUAAACUAGAGGGGACAGAGUUCCUUGAGUGCAUGUAUGACCUUAUUUGGUCAGAUAGCCCACCUAGGUGCCUUGAUGUGGAAGUUUGUCCACUACCUCCUGUGGUGACUCAUGGAGAUUAUAUUUGCCAUCCGCGGCCUUGCGAGCAUUACAACCAUGGAACUGUGGUUGAGUUCUAUUGUGAUCCUGGCUACACUCUCACCAAUGAUUACAAAUAUAUCACCUGCCAGUAUGGAGAAUGGUUUCCAUCAUAUCAAGUAUACUGUGUCAAAACAGAACAAACCUGGCCAAAUACACAGGAAACUCUUCUGACAACAUGGAAGAUUGUGGCAUUCACUGCUACCAGUGUUCUUCUGGUGCUUCUGCUAGUUAUUCUUGCCAGAAUGUUCCAGACCAAAUUUAAGGCACGCUUUCUUCCAAGAAGUGCUCAGGAGAAUUGCAGCAGUGGCCCUGACUUUGUGGUGGUGGAUGGUGUUCCUGUUAUGCUACCUUCCUAUGACGAAGCUGUGAGCAGCGGAUUGAAUGCCUUGGCACCAGGAUGUGUGUCCCCUGCAGGACAGGGGUAUAUUUUGCAGGAUGAUGAUCAGAACCCUCCAGCUUAUCCUGGGCCAGAUGAUUUGGACAGGUUGCCCGCAGAAUUUGAUACCUGUGACAGCAUUUCAGGCUCUUCUGAACUUCUUCAAAGUUUGUACACAUCUUCUGUGUGUCAAAUGGGAGCACAUCCUGUCUCAGAGAGAACUGAUGCUAUCAACAGCACCACUGGGGAAGUAGCAUCAACCAGCCCAAGCAUUGACAUUGCAGAUGAAAUUCCAUUGAUGGAUGAAGACCCUUAAUCUGCACAAAACUUGCUCAUUACUUGCUCACACCUUUGUGGGGGGAGGGUAAAAGAAUCAUGCACAUAUGUAUACAAACAUACCUAUAUAUCUAUAUAAAUAUCUAUAUAAAGACUGAUUCAAUAUUGUGGGGAGGGCAUUUUCUGUUUUUAUACAUUUCCACAUUGUGAUGUCACCAGAUUUUUGUGCACAUAUCUUAAUCAACUUUGGGGUUGAGAGCAUCAGCUAUUCAACGACAGCUUUACAAAAUGAAUCCUGAGGAUUUGAUGAGACUAGACACUGCAAAAGAACUAUAGAUUUAUGGAAUAGUGAUGAGUGUAUCUGCAUCGCAGGAAGUCUUAACAGCUCUAUAGAAACACCAAUGAGAGUGGUUUGUGGCACAAGUACAAACUGCCUUAAGAAAGCAUGUCAAAUGAUGUAAAUUUGCUUUAUUGAAGUUGCUACAUAUUUAUGAUUGACCACAAUUUACAAAGGAAUCCUAAUUUAUGGGGGAGAAAUAAACAGCAUUGAAAUUAAAAUCGGAAA